AUGGGUCGAAUUGCGGCUCCUUUUCACAAGAAAGGAUUUGGCUGGAAUCCUUCGCUAGAUAAACUCCAGGAGCCGAAGAUUGAGAUCUGCGAGAGCUUCACGAAAAUCAUCGAAACGGACGAAAACGCCGACAGGGUCCGCGUCGUCGAAAUUUUGCGCACUCGUGCCUGUAACGAUGACCAUGACCCUCUGACUCACUGGCUAUUCCGGAGUUUGGAUAGUGGCUAUCAAAAGCUGCACGAUUGCUGGAGGGCGCUGGAGGCCGAGCGGAAUCCCUGGCCGCGAGCCAGCGGGAAUUGCGACGAAAUCACCCGAGAGUACGCGUCGCGUGUCAAGAGGGACGCCAAAAAAUGUGGUUACGGAGAGGCCGAUCAGGGAUUUCUGGCUCGAUUGACGCAGCUAAAGGUGCACGAAAACGUCAUUGGUAACGGGAACGCUCCAGCUGCAGUUCAAAACUGCCGGCAGGAGAUCGUGGAGGCGCUCGCCAGACUCGACCCAAUCAAGCAAGAAAACGGGUUA